AUGCGAGAAAAGAUACCAAGCAUAAAUGAAUUACCAUGCGUUCAGGAUCAGUCAUUCAUCUCGGGUCUACUUUCUCUAAAGGAGAUUCAAAUAACAGAAACUAAUACACCAGAUCUGCUGAGAUCGAUCCACAAUGGAACAUGGACCGCGGAGGAAACCGUGACUGCCUUUUGCAAACGUGCAGCUUUGGCCCAGCAGGCCCUCAACUGUGCAACGGAUAUCUUCUUUGACGAAGCUAUCAGGAACGCGAGAGAACACGACAAGUACUUCCAAUCUACUGGGAAGGUCAUCGGCCCGUUGCACGGUCUCCCAGUGUCUAUCAAAGACCCCUUCGACGUCGCCGGUCAUUACACCACAUGCGGCCUCGUGUCGCGCAUGGACAAAGUCGCAACGGAGGAUACUUUACUAGUCUCCAUUCUACGCGAAGCAGGCGCAAUCCCAUUCAUAAAAACAAACGUCUCUCAAGGAUGUCUACUAGUUGAAUCAAUCAAUAACGUCUACGGUACAGUCUUGAAUCCCUGGAAUCGAGCGCUAAGUGCUGGCGGAAGCUCUGGCGGCGAAGGCGCGUUAGUGGCUUUUCGAGGAUCCCCGCUUGGAGUUGGGACAGAUGGGGGUGGAUCUCUACGCAUUCCUGCGAUGUGGAAUGGGUUGUAUACUCUCAAGCCAACCGCAGCGCGUAUACCUGGUUCCCCGAGUGGUGUUGGUUACUCUGAUAGCAAUUCGGCUAAUAAUGGUCCGUUCGCACAUGAUCUUGCCUCUAUUAGGAUGUUUUGUGAGGUUGUGCUGGGAUCGAAGCCUUGGUUAAGAAAUCCGUCGAUUGUGCCAAUACCGUGGGAUAAGUCUGUCACUUUGCCGAAGAAGUUGAAACUUGGUUUUCUUUUCGAUGAUGGCAUUGUGCAUUUCUGUCCACCGGUGCUUCGCUCUCUUCGGGAAGCUGUGGAUACUCUUCGUCAAGCGGGUCAUGGGGUUAUUGAACUUGAUUCUGAAUGGCAGAGGAUGCACCGUCAGGCAGCCGGAAUUGCAUUUACCAUGUACACGCAAGAAGGAGGCAUCGUGCUGCGAGAGGAGCUCCAGAGCUCUGGAGAACCAUUAGUCCCACGAGUCUGCACUGGCUGGUCAGAAACUCCACUCACGCCCGUGGAAAUAUGGUCCAACCAUCGAGCCAAGAGGAAUCUACAGGUGGAAUAUCAAGCUGCUUAUCAAUCUCUAGGUUUGAACGCGAUUGUUACUGCACCCAUGCCGCAUCCAGCCCCUCCUCAUGGAAAGUACAUCACCUCCGCUAUCUGCGCAGUGUAUAAUGCCUUAGAUUUUCCGGCAUGCAUUGUGCCAUUUGGUCGCGUUGAUUUAGUUAAAGAUAUUGUCUCGAAGGAGUGGUAUAACCAGGAGGCAUAUCCGGAUAUGCCUAACUUUCCAUAUGAUCGUUAUGACAAGGGUAUGAAAAAGCUUUAUACGGGUCCGGAAAUAUUUGAGAAUGCACCAUUGGGCCUACAGAUUGUGACGCUACCAUAUCAAGAAGAAUACUGUCUAGCAGCGUCUGAGGUAAUUGACCAGGUGUUGAAAGGCAAAUCCUGA